AUGCUCGAGGCCUGCUUCCUGAGCGAGGCCCGCAAGGGCACGACGCUGCUGCCGCCGGAGCCGCUCUCUCCCAGGGGCGACGAGCACCGCAGGGAGGCGGGCCACUACCGCGUGGUCGACCCCUGGAGAUCGGGAGUGCAGCGCGACCGCACAAACCAGUUCGUGAGGAUGAGGGGCACCAGGGGCACCGCCACGCCCAAGGCCGCCGCGGCCGCGGCGAGGCCCAGCCGCCGGGACGGCGGGGGCGGCGACGCCCAGAGGGCCGCGGCGGAGGAGCUGCGCAGGAUCUACGAGGAGGCCUCGCAGGCCCAGAACACCCUGGCGUCCAAGCUGGCGCAGCACAACGGCGUGCGGCAGUUCAGCCUCGAGUUCUCGGGCGAGCGGGCCCCGCCCCUGGAGCUGCGCGUGUUGCUGCCCGAGCUGGAGGCGGCAAUCGACCACUUGCUCGACAAGCUGGAGCUCAGCGUGGAGCGGCUGAAGCAGCUGCGGCCGCCUGCCCAGCAGGGGCCCUCGGCCCAGGCGCUGCCGGCGCCCUCCGCCGCGGCGUCCUCGGCCGAGGUUGUGCGGGACGCCUUGGAGAGGUACGUGCGCGACGCCCACGAAGCUGGCAGGGCCGCGUCGGAGCAGCAGCGGCGCCAGAUCCAGGAGCUCACGGCGGCGUCCCCGCUGUUCGCCCCGGCGAUGAGCCCCGUGCUGAACAGGCGCUUGUCCGCGGCCCUCAGCAAGACGGGGUCGCCACACUCCUCGCGGCCCAGCUCGCCGCCGGGAGAGGAGCCGCUCUGCGACCUGCAGCUGCCCGCGGCGGCCUGCGGCGGCGGCGCCCCCGGCGGCGAGAGCGGCGGCGACUGCGGCGGCACGCCCCGCGCGGUAGCGGGCGGCUGCAGUAGCCCGGGCGAGCACCUGAAGGGCGCCGCGCCGUUGCCCUUCUCG